GACAUACAUAUGAAUAAGAUGUACAACGAUUGAAGAAAAUUUUAUAAAUUUCUUCGUUGAAAUUUCUAAUUAUUACAUUUCCAAUUAAAAUUACGAUCGAGAUAUUUUCUGCAAUUCGUCCAUUGAAAAUUUUAAAUUGCUAUAAUUGCAAUCAUGUUGCCACCAGCUGCUAUGCACUUGGAACAAAAAGAAAGUACUGAAAAAAUGACAGAACGGAUCUCGCAAUUCGCGGAAUACAGAUUAUCGUCGUACAAUUUCUCCUUUAUCAUCAUCGACUAUAUCAUUUAAUGAUAAUUCAUCCUCGAUUCAGCAUGCGAAUAUGUUUGUAACAGCAAGAGAACGUUUUCCUUCGUCGAGCAGUACUGAUGAUGAUCAAAGCGGUUCUGAUACGGAACAUGACUCGAACGCAUUGCGCUCUAAGGUCCACUCUGGAAUAGUUCAUCAUUCCGGUACUCAUUCGGUGCGAAAGCGUCGGGGAAAUUUACCAAAGCAUUCGGUGAAGAUUCUAAAACGAUGGCUUUACGAGCACAGAUACAACGCGUAUCCAAGCGACAGCGAGAAGCUUACAUUGAGUCAAGAAGCAAAUUUGACUGUACUCCAGGUUUGCAAUUGGUUCAUAAAUGCCAGACGACGAAUUUUACCAGAAAUGAUUCGAAGAGAAGGUCAUGAUCCUUUGCAGUAUACAAUAUCUCGUCGUGGUAAAAAGAUGCCUGCAGGAAAUCAUCAACAAUCAUCCAGUCUUAAUUCAAGAUCUAAUCAAAAUUGGGAUUCGUUAGCUGGCAUGAGCGCUCCAAAACGUAGCAGAGAUCAUGAUUAUGAAGAUCAUGCUGGAUUAAUGUAUAGAAGCGAAGAGGAUAGUCCAAACGAUUAUGAGAGCAGUUCUCAUAGUGAAGAGGAACGUCCGUCAACACAGUGGCCAAGUGUAAUAGUCUAUCCUUAUUCGGAAGCUAAAAUUGAACAAAAUGUUAGUCAACUUGGUCCUUAUGACGAAACCAUUACGCAUCCGGCGCGGCGUGGAGAUGAUGAUGAAUCUUCCAUGGGAAAUGAAGCUGCAUAUUGGAGCGCGCCUAGACAGCACCUUAUUCAAACCUCUGAUGUACAACAUGAAACAGAAGUAUAUAGUACACGUAAGACUCACAGCCCACAUACAGAUGAAACGCCACCUCCAACACCACCCGAAGAGGAUAAAGACAAGUUCAAGUGUCUUUACUUGCUGGUUGAGGCAGCUGUUGCCGUGCGACAACAGGAAAAAGAACGUGAGGGGGCCGUACCGGUUUAACGAGAGCAGUACUUCUCGCAGCUUACAAUGAUGUUUUUUUUAACUUUCGAUUUUCCAUUAUUC